AUGGCUAACCCCUUAAAUGUAGUAAAAGACAGAUUAACACACUUAAAUGAAUCAUUUAUAAAUACUAUCGAGCAUCAUGACACAAAUCUCAAUAAUGAAAAAAAGCCCUUCGUAGACUCACGUGAGAGCACGAGGCCGAAUGAUGACAUAAAAAAAUUCUAUAAAAAUGGAAAUGAAUAUAUGAACAAAUUUGAUAAUAUAGAAAAAAGAGAAGAAAAACCUGAUGACCUUACAUUUGUAACACCAGAAAUCAACAAUAUAUCAAUAAUCGACCCUUCUUACUUAAGAGAAAAAAAUUUUGAACAUAGCGAAAAAUACAUAAAUGUCAGUUUUGUUAAUGAUUUGAUAAAAGUCUCUAAGGAUGAGAUACGAUCAGGACAGAAAGAUUUUUAUGGUGGUAAAUAUAACUUUAAUUAUAAUAGUCAAGAUAAAAAAGCAAAUUAUGAGUUCAUAAAUGCAACAAACGAAUACUACAUAACAAAAAAUGUAGAAGAGAAAAUGGCAAACACAGGAAUAACCACAGAAAACUUCUUCUCCGAUAAUAGCAUGUUGCUAUAUGAAGAUAGUAUGAAUAAGUGGAGCGAUAAAAGCAGAUACCUGUAUUUUAUUGACAAAGAAAAGGAAAAUGAUGGAGAAAAAAAAAAAAGCAAAUUUAAAAAUAUUCACCUUAACGACUCACUUAUAUUAGAUAGAUAUGAAAAAAGGGCUUAUAAACAGGAUGUUAGCAGUGAUAAAGUGAAAAUUGAAAAUUUAAUAUUAGACGUCUUAAAUAACAAUUUUGACAAUGAUAUGGAAUCUGAAGAGCGCAAAAUACCCAAAGAGACAGCUAAGAGCGAUAAGUGUGAGGAUGUACAUUUAGAAAUUAAAAAGAAGGAAGAAAAAUUAAAUAUUACGAAAAAAGAAAAGAUUAAAGACACUAGAAAUUGUAAUUUAGAUUACUUGCAUUACCACAACUAUUUUCAAGAUGAUGAUUUAAACUUUUCAGAAAAAUCGACAUCAGAUGAUUCGGAACAUAACAGCCAUAAAAAUAGCGCAUCUGUAACUUAUGUAUUAGGAAAUGAGGAAGAAUAUAAAAUAAAGAACAACGUUAAUAAUUUAUUAACUAAGGUUAAAAAGGAUUUAUGCGAAAAAGAUCUAUCCCAAUUCAUUCCUGAGAAAUUUAACAUGGACAUAUUUCUUCGUGAUGGUCAAACAAACAGUGUAUAUGAAAGUGCCUCAGAUGAUAAUGAGAGUGUUUUAAUAGAAAGAAAAAUAUUAUUGAGCGAAAAAAAGAGGAGAGAGGAAAUGGAAUUAUUAGAGAAGUACAACUAUGUAGACCAUUUAUAUUCUCCUGGUUACUGUACGCACAUUACUCAAAAUUUAAGCGCAGGUUUUGGUAAAAAGAAAUUUAACAUUUAUGAACUCAAGAGGAAAAAAUUACACGAUAAAAUGAAGGAAGAUAUUAUGGAAGAAAAGAAAAUGAAAAAAGAAGAAGAGAAUUUGAGAAAGCUGAGAUUCGAAAAUUUACAGUCAUUUAAUGAAAAUUUAACUAUGGAUCAUGAUAUAUCUGUCCAUAAGGAUCAUAUUCCUUUAAGUAAAAAAAAGAUUGUUAAAAGUUAUAGUGACGCACAGAAUAAUUUGUUUAUAGAUGAUGUUAAUGAACAUGAAGAGAGUUAUAAAACGGAUAGUUCUUUAUCGUAUGAUAAUAUUGAUAGUAGAAGUAUAGCAAAUUUAAAAAAAAAAUAUAAAGCAAUGAAAAAGAGUAACAAUGUUUUUGCAGGAGAUUUAAGAAAAUUAAAAUUUUAUAUAUGUCGUAAAUUAAAUAAAAAAAAAUAUUUUAUCAAGCCCCAGAAAACAGUUAACCUGUCAAGGAAGAAAAAAGAGAACAUUAAGAAAGUUAUGCACAUUUCGAAGCAAGGCGGAUACAAUUUACUGGCCAAAUUACAGCAAGAUUUUGAAAACAACGAGGAGUCAGAAGAAGAGACGGACAUAUAUGAAGAAAAGGACUUGUUUGAUAACAGCGAAAGAAACACGGAUGAUUUUAAGAGCUCAGAAUAUACAUAUUCUUCAUUAACUAUUUCGUCUUAUGAAUACUUGAAUAUGCGUAAUGUAUAUUAUAACGAUAAUUCAUAUGAAAAAAUAUUUUAUUACAAUGACCCGAAAAUGAAUGUUACUUAUCUGUGUGAUAGGGUUGAAUUUUUUCUGAUUAAUAACGACAAGAGAACGAACAAGGGGAUAUUAUUCAUGGAAAUCCUCGUUUUCGACAUACUAUUUUACGAGAACAGCGAUCUUAUUGAAGAGAAGGCUUUGUUGUACUCUCUUCAGAUUAACGAAAACACAAUCGCAGAAAUACAAAAGAAGGAUAAUGAUAUAUAUGAAAUAAUUUUAGAAACAAUUAAUAACGUUAAGGAUAGAAUUAAUUGUUGCUUGUCAGGUAAUAGGAGUCAGAUAAACAUACUUCUUAAUAAUAUAAAGAGAAGAAUAUUAUUAGAUACAUAUAUUAAAUACGUAAGGUCUGCAUCUUUUUGUGUUAUUGAAAAUGCAGUGAAUUAUUUUUUAUUUGAAAGGAAUAUAUUAAAUUUAAAAAAUGUCAAAUACGAUAAAAAGGCAGAUACUAUUAUAUGUUCCUAUAACAAAUAUUUAACUAAUAUAAAUAGCAUUAACUUAUCAAAUAGAAAUAUGACAAUUGAAGAUUUAUCGGAAUUUUUAUCUUUUUCAAAUAUUAAACAGUGUGAUGUAUUAAAUUUAGCCAACAAUCCAUUGUUUUCUAACUUAAUAUUUAAUAGAAUUAAAAAGGACAUGGACUACGUCAUAAAGUUUUUUAAAAGUAUUAAAUUAAAAGAACUUAUUUUAGAUUUUAUCAAUUUUUCAAAUCCAUCUUCUGAUUAUUUUAUUUCUGAUUUAUUGUUAAAUACUGAGAUAUCUUUUUUAAGUUUAGUUAACUGUCAACUACGUAAAGACAACGUUGAUAAUUUAGUGAAAUAUAUAAAGGAGAGAAAAACAAAAUCUUUAAUAAGUCCCAUCAAUUGUGUAAAUGUUGAGUUUAAUAAACUAACUUAUUAUGAUAUUCUAUCCUUAACAAAGAUAUUAUUCGAAUUAAAUAAGAGUUUUAAAAUGUUGUAUAUAUAUGGAAAUCUUAUACAAACAGAUAUUUUUGAUAUAUCAUAUGAAUUUAAAAGAAAGAAAUCAUCCAUUAUAAUGCAGAAAUACUUUAAGCCUGUUCCAGACAUUUUUCAUUUUAAUAAUAUUUAUGAAAUUAAAAAGUACUUUUCUUAUAAUUUAAGGGGAAUUGCUGAACUGCUUGAAAAUGAUAAAAGUACUUCUGUUGUCUUUGAAUUGUACUUCUGCUACUUGUAUAUAGAAAAACCUGAAGAAAAAUUAUACAUAAUUAAAAACAUAACAAUUAAAAAAUUGAAUAACGCGUGGAUUUUGUUUAUUGAGUGUAUGCUUAAUAAAAAGGAAACCAAAAUUGAAUUAAAUUUGUUCAAAAAUAAUAUCAUCUUACUAUUUAAUAAUAUAGUAAAAAAAAGCUUCCGUGGCGAGUUGUACUUUUACGAGCAAAUGAAGAAUAAUAGAGAAAUAAAUGAGAAUGUUUUGAAUUAUUUUGUUAUGAGAAAUGAAAGCGAUAUAAAUUUUUAUCAUUACAAUGUUACGCAUGAAGAAAUUCAUUUUGUCUUGGACUUGUGCAAAAACAGUGUUGUAAAAAAUAUAAACUUUAGUUGCUGUUAUUUAAGUAAUGAAGAUAUUUUAUAUUUUAACUCUGUAAAAGAUUAUUCAUAUGACAUAAAAGUUUACAAAUUAUCUUUAAGUAAUAAUUUAAUUGAUUCAAAUUUACCCGUGGGAGAAAUUAUUGCAUUUCUUUCGAAUUUCACUAUUUUUUUCAAUGUAAAUUUAAGAGAUCUGAACUUAGGGGGAAGUCCCUUAGUACAUGAACUUUUUUUCUACCUUUUGAACGACACAAAGUGCAAAAUUGUUAACUUGGACAACUGCAAAUUGACGAACACCUUUUUAUUAAAUGUCAACAGAAAUAUUAACAAAUUAAAUAAAAAUACUUACUUAACUGUUUUGUCUUUGCAAUGUAAUUUGUUUAAUAACAAUAAAGGAAUUAUAACUUUUUUAAACAAUAUUAUAUCAAAAUGCAGAUCACUAGAAAAAAUUAAAUUAUACUCUAAUUAUUUAAGUGCAGAAGAUGCUAAUACUAUAUUAUUUAAUUCAAUAAACAAAGAUAUUAUUUCAUUCCAAUGUACUUACGAUUCAUCAAUGUCUGAUAAAAAUGAAUUGGGAAAAACGAAAGUUACGAAAUUAGCAAAAAAUAAAAUUAAUAAAGAUACUGAGUAUAAUGCUUAUCUAACAGAAGUUGAACAAAAAUUAAUUGAGAAUUUUUUUGAAAAACAACAAAACAAAGAUAAUAACAGUACACCGGAACAAAAGGAAGAUUUUUUACUGAAAGGUCGUUACAAUUUAACAGAUUUAAAAUCUAGAAAUAUUAAAUAUCAUAUUAUGAAGUAA